AUGUGUGGCGCCAUCAUCACGUCGCCUCUAGAUGUCGUCAAGACGCGCCUGCAGUCUGAUCUGUACCGUGAUCGGCGGGGCAUCCAGAUCGCGCAGCGCGGGGCUGCGGGUGUCCUGCUGCGUGGGCUCCUGCAGUUUGUCGACACGAGCCGCCUACUGGUCGAGAUCGCCGCGCGCGAAGGCUCGGGCGCCCUCUUCAAGGGACUGGGCCCCACACUGGUCGGUGUGAUUCCCGCGCGCGCGAUCAACUUUUACACGUACGGGAACGGGAAGCGCAUCAUCGCCGAGCACUGGCACGGCGGCGCCGAGUCGCCACUCGUGCACCUAAGUGCAGCCGCGCUUGCUGGCGUCCUGACUGCGACUGCGACGAAUCCCAUCUGGGUCGUCAAGACGCGCCUGCAACUCGAGUCGCAGCAGCUCGAGGCGCGCUCGCGCGCUGCGCGUGCAGCCGCUGUCGGCACGGUGCAUGCACCGGCCAACGCAGUGCGUGCGAGUGCCGCAGCGCAGGGGCUCUCGCGCCGGGCGCUGUCGACCUCGGCGUGGCGCCAUGCGCGGUUUUUCGAAGCGUCGCGGCCGCCGCCAGUUCCUACGACGAACGCGCUGCGCAUGACGCUGACCAUUCUGCGCACCGAAGGCCUGCGUGGCCUGUACAAGGGACUGAGCGCGAGCUACUUGGGCGUGUCGGAGAGCACGAUCCAGUGGGUGCUGUACGAACAGCUGAAGCGGGUGCAGCAGCGGAAUCGGGACCCAUCUGUGCCGUCGGUGCUGCCGACGGUGAGCGCGGCAGGCACGGCCAAGAUGAUCGCCACCAUCAUCACAUACCCCCACGAGGUCAUCCGCACGCGCCUGCGGCAGGAGCCAGCGCACGGCGUGCGCAAGUACCGCCACCUCGUGCAGACGUUCCGUGUCGUGCUGCGCGAGGAGGGCGCGGCGGCGUUCUACGGCGGACUAAGUGCGCACCUCAUGCGUGUGAUUCCCAACGCGGUGGUGACAUUCUCGAUUUACGAGUUGGUGCUGCGCCUAGGCGCAAGUGCAUAG